ACCUCGGAUUUGAACCACUAGUAACCACCAACUUCAAUGACAGUCAAUGUAAAAUUAAAAGACAAAUCUAGCAUUCCAGUGCCCAAAUUACAUUACAUCAGAGGAAGGCUUGCUAGUUAGCUACAGUGUUUGACUCAUAUCAGUCAUUUUCUUGUAAAACUGCCCAGCUAGCUAUUGAAAUGCUAAUUUGCAAUGCUAGCUAGCUAACAUGUUAGCUAGACUGCUUAUAGACUUGGGAGCUCAUGGGGCUUCAAGAGCCAGCGGGUUAGAUGAUUCCACCAUCGGCAACAACAGCUAGCUACUAGUUUAUAUUCAGCUAAAUAUAGCACCUGGGCGAUAAGAACUAAACCGAUGGACAUGGGUCAUGACAUUGGUCCCAUAUUCCUGGUAUCCAUUCACCUCACUCCAUCGCUGCAAGACAAUGAAGGAUACACACACCCUGCUCAAUCUGCUUCUGCUGUUUGUGUACCUUGCAGGAUCAGCUGUGACCACUGAUGGAGGGAAGGACAGUCCCAAUGGUCCCUUGGAACUAACCAUUUUGGGUCCUGACUUUGUGACUGUGGGCGUGCCAUGCAGUUUUGACUGUUCCGCCCAGUGCUCUCCUUCCUGUAGCUACAGAAUGAGUAUCGACGGGCAGAUUGGGCAGGGGAAUGAAGUGUUCUUCACAGCUCGCCAAUGGGAGGAGUCCCUAAACCUCACAUGCACUGCAAGGAAUGAUGAAUCUGGGAGGUCCUCUACAGUAACAAAGAUACUGCAGGUUUUAGCUGGACCAAGCAAUGUAUUGAUCACAAGCCCUGACUUGAUGACCCCAGGGGCCCCACAAAGCUUCAAGUGUAACGCCGACUGUCGUCCCUCCUGCAACUACACUUGGGGGAUAAAGGGCCGAUGGCUCGGGGGGCAGGGGAACGAGAUUACCGUAACUCCCGAAGAGUUGGCCACCUCUGUUACCCUGAACUGCAAGGCCAUCAACAGUGUGUCUGGGCUCUAUGCCAUGGCCACCAGGACAAUACCUGUGACAUCUGGUCCAUCAGAGGUCCACGUCAUUGGUCAAGACUCUGUUGCAGUUGGCUUCAAGUCCAAGUUUCGGUGCACUGCCAAAUGCAUUCCUGCUUGUGACUACUGGUGGAUCGUUGAUGGUCACACUGUUUAUGGCAGUGAGAUGGAGAUGACGGUCGAGCGACAUGUAAAGUCAGAGAAGAUUAAGUGCUACGCUCAGAAUACGGUCUCAAAGAAUUUUGACUUGGCAACCAAGACCGUACGGGUGGGAGAUGAUGGAAAAUCCAUGGCCACACAGGCUAAACAGACUAUAGACCUGCUUCUGUUUGCCUUUACACUCUCACUCUACACUGUAAUAUCACCAUAAUCCAGGAGAGGGCCGUUUUGUACAAGGAAGUAAGCUGUUCUCCACACGCACAUCUGAAUAAUUUGAAAACAUGUCAGCAUUAUUACAAACAGUGCCUUCCAUAUCAGGAUGUUAAGCAUAUUUGCUGAUGAUAAGUGGAGUGGAAAGGCUUGGCUGAAUCUUUCAAUAUUAAAGCACUACGUGUGUGCAAGCAUCAUCACGUGUAUACCCUAUUUGGAAUAAAUAUUUAAUAAAGACAAAUUUACAUUAAUUUAGUAGCAUGUCUUUUUUGCAAUGUGUAACUUUUUUCCAGACUUGAGAUGGAGUUGAAACCUGCAAGCAUGCCAUCAUCAUGGAAGGCACAGAAUUUGAAGUGUGGUAUUUUAAAUGGCGUGCUGAUGUUGGACAGGCUCAAGACAAGUCAGGUCCAGCUUAACACGCCAAUUAAAAUACAUUACUUCAAAGGCUGUGACUUUGGGGGGGAAAAAUAUGUAAUAUUUGUCUAGAAACUGCAUAACUGCAAUAAAAUACAUGACAAACUGUU